UCAGUCUGAACCCUGUAUUCUUCACGCUGCCGUUGCAGUGGGUGCCUUGCAUCGCUCCAUGAGAGGCCGGUGUCGCUCGCUUCAGGUUAGGAUUUUACUUGACCCAGGAAUGCCAUUCGCGAUAAGACAAUACAUCAAAUCCGCGGAUCUACCCCGAAGACGACUUGAUCAGGCACGAGACUCCUGUGGCCAGUUUGCUUUAACGUAUUGUCUGUUGUUUAUCUGUUUGGAAAUGUUACAAGGGCAUAGAGUCGGCGCUAUUGCCCAUCUAAGGACGGGUCUUCGCGUUCUUUUGAUGUUAAAAACAGGCCGAGAGACAGAUAUGUUGUGUUUCAUGUCGGCUUCGCCCAUUGGCCAGGUAGAAAGCAUAUUCACUCGACUGGACUACGAAUCAACCAUGUUCGGGGAGCCAAGUCCAGUUCUGGGCCUCGCGUCUUUUAACAGCCCGCUACCAAAUCUGAUUUCACCAACGGGCUUCUCUUGCGUGGCGGAAGCCCGGAACUCUCUGAGCUGUCUAUACAAUGCUGCCCUUCGCUUUCGAGGGGAGCUGAUCCAUCGCGCUGCUGUGGGGAUGGAAGACCACAACUUGGAUUUGGCAGCUCGGCAUUGUAUACACCAUGCACGCACGAAAACAAUCGACUUAGCAUUCCAGCCUGGUUUGAUAGGGCGACAAGCCAGUUUGCGGUUUGAGUUAGAGAAUUCAUCGUCCGCAUACGCGCAGUCGGUCAUGCUCCUUGAGAUUCAGCACUUCUAUAUAUACUUCAUUGUAUGCACCUGUCGGAGUACCCAUGAAGUAGCUUGCGAUGAAUUCAAUGACCUUUUCCGUCGCAUUGUCUACCUAUCGAAGCUAUUCAUUCAUGGCGCUAGCACCACACCCUUAUCACAAUCACCCCUGGCGUUCACUCUGGACUCAGGCGCAAUCCCUUCCCUCUACCUCAUCGCAAUGAAAUGCCGCGACCCACCCGCCCGACGCGAUGCUAUCUCACUCCUCAAACAAACCAAUUGCCAAGAAGGAAUGUGGUAA